AUGACAGCAGGCGUGGGCACAGGCACGGCGGGUGGAAUGCUUCAACAAUUUCCAGGAAGCGCACACCAGCCGAAUUUGCUGCCGUAAUAGAAAUUUCUCUUUUGCUGUUGCUCAACACCAGCAAUAUUCUUUUCGUUUUCCACUGGUAUUAGGUACUACGAAGAUCCCUGAUUUCUUGCGUGAUUUGUUACUGUAUAUUAAACCACCCUCUGUACAACUACCGAGGUCUCACCAGCAGCCCAUCCCGCAGAUGGCGCACCAUCAACACCAGGCUUCACUGGACCAAACAGCAGGAACCGCUGGUGGUACUAACAUCAAUUUACUGCAAGAGCCGGCUAGUACUACUUCAGUCGAAACGGGAGCCAAUGUUAACGCCAAUGCUCCUACACAGCAGGCGCAAAAACACCAAACCGACAAAAUUCAAUCUGGGGAACAACAGCCGUCCAACAGCGGUGGCCGCGAAAACCCUCAGCAAACCAUGCAACCUGGUGUUGAACAUCCUCAACUGCAGUCCAUUAAUCCGGUGUUGCUUUCCGCGGCGGACUUCGGUGACAGUUUGAACGCGACCUACAUAUCCUGUGUAAAAACGUCCCCACACCAUAGUUGUCAUGCAAAUCUGCAUGCUUAGAAUGCCUUUCAUGCGGAGCCCCAUGAGAAGCAUUUUCUGAUGCUGUUUCGAAAUUUGUCAUGCUCCAAUCAACAUGUGAUACUAGAUCUGUGAUGCUGCUGAACUAGCUCAAACAGCACUACACUACGAGUCCAAAUUUGUCAUGCGAAACAGCCAAAGCCUGUGGAUUUGUCUAGCCGAUUCCCCAUCUUGACUAUGGGGUGGGGACGUUUUUACAUAGGAUACUACACCGAUGGGAUUUACAUCAACUUGAAUGAAGAAUCGUCUUCCGGUAUCCUGAGUAAAAACGUCCCCACAACCCCAUAAUCAAGAUGGGAAAUCUGCUAGACAAAUCUCCAAUUUUUGGGAGUUGCGCAUGACAAGUUUGCCUCUGCAGUGGAGUGCUGGUUACCGAGGGAAGCUGCAUGAGAAAUCCAUUUUCUCAUCGUGUUUACAGCAUUACAAAUUUCAAAACACGAUGGGAAAUACCUCUCAUAGAGCUGCGCAUUACAAGUGUUCCUGUCAUCGCACACUUGCAUGACAACUCUGGGGUGAGGACGUUUUUCCACAGGGUAUCCGGUACGAGUGACAACAACGAGCAAAAUAACCGCGGUCGCACGAGUAUCCAAGGAAAAAACUGUGUUAGUGUAACUUUCUUGGAGGAAUAGCAUCACAAGUUUGCUCUGCAUGACAGAGAGAGCCUGUCAUGCGCGGCUAGUACGUGAAAACACGUACGGAAAGAGCCUCUGAUGCAUGUCCAGCAUGACAAGUGCAACUGUUUUGCAGUUUCUGCAUCACAGACUUACACUUACACAGUUUUUUUCUUGCAUAACGAGGUCCGUCUCCGACGCGGCGCUCACCUUGCGGCGAAUGCA